AUGAAAAGAAAUGAUUUCAGCGAGCCCUCUGUUGCGCAUCCGAUCAAUCAAAACGAAAGCGUACCCGGUGUUGCUUCUACGUCGGAUGCAGAAGAUGGAGAAGUUUUGCCGACGACUCCAUCGCUUUCACCCGCGAUUCAAGCUAAUUGGACAAGUCAAUUGAAGAAUGAUCUCGGAAUUGGAAUUGCCAGCCCUACCCGUCAACAGCAGUUUACCUCUGUGCACUCCCUCACAUCAGCGCCUGCUGGUGUUGAAUUUGUCACGGCAACAAUUCCUCCUGGACUUUCCGAUUAUCACUUUGGAUUUGUGGAUGGACCCCAGAACACAGAGAUCAACGCCUCGGCCGCCUCAGUGGCCAAUGCGAAUUCCGAAGUUUUAUUCUCUUCUGGUCGAACAACAACGAAUACAACCGGUGGAACGGUUCCACAAAAAGCAAACGAGGGUGAACGUCCAUUAAACGGUGAUUUCUCGUUGAAGGCGUCUCCACCGAUAUCACACUCCUAUGGGCAACAACAACAGCACAACACGAGGUCCUUAUCGUAUGCAGAUCCAUCAUCAGUGUCGUAUGCACCAACAACGCAACCAGAUCGUGGAGUUGGAUCCGGGAACAAGCCACCUGCACAAAUUCAUCAUCCACCACAACAAUCGGCUGCUCAUCAAGCACCCCAGCAGAUGUUCCCCACUCAAAUGCCAUACGGUUCAUAUCCAUACAUGAAUAUGAAUAUGUACAGUCCAGUAACAGUAACAGGUGUUCGAGCUGAGGAUCAAUAUGCUGCCCUCUAUGCUGCUAGUAUGCCAUUUGGAAUGGGUGUGGACUUGUCAGCUAUCUUGCCACCAACGACGCCAAUGUCUCAGGCUGGGGCCAAUCAACAACAUCCCGGAUCUACGCAGCAUCGAUCAGAUACGCACAAUCUUGUUGAUAUGAACAAGUUUGCAUCGGGAAAUACAAGAGAUGGCAGCGGUCAGCAACCAUCGAAUGUGGCUCCACCACCCGGUUUCGCAAAUCCAUCCUUUAUGCCGCAACCGGGAUUAUCGUCUCUAUUUUUACAACAACAAUUUCCACCACAUCCGUACUCGUUUAUGAUGCCAAAUGUGGGAUCAGGACGUCAGAUGUAUCCACAAGAAGACGAUCGCAAAUCAUACGAUAAGAUGGGAGGAGCGAAACAAGCGCAAGCGAAUCCUCCUCAACACUAUCACAAUGGUGGAUAUCUCAACAGCGGCCUCAAUAAGAAGCCCUAUAACUGGAACUCUUAA